AUGGAUCAAUUAAAGCUUUUGAAGGCAGCAAGAAGCCGUGCGAAGGCAAGUAUUACGCGCUUGCUAACGGCGUCACAAGAUCCACGUGCGGGAUCAAACUGGGAAAUUGAUGAAAUCACAGUCUCAUUGGAAAGGCUCAACAACGUUUGGAAGGAGUUUGAGACCAUUAGCGAUCAAAUGGCCCUUUAUGAAGAAAAUGAGGGGUAUGUCGAUCCAGCCAUCGACAACGAGAGAUACGAGGAUAAGUACUUGCAAGCAAACACAUUGUUUCACACCAUCAAACGGCGCUGUCAAUCAUCUAAUGAGAGCGACAGAGAAGGCAGCGGCGGUAGGCAAUCUGGCAACCUUGGCGAUGCCGCAUCAAGUUCAUCUGGAUGGGGAAACGAAAGCCUGGCUCGUUUUCUACAACAACAACAGGAACUGAAUGAGCGUUUAGCUGAGCAACAAUCAACGUUUUUGAGGGCAAACUCGGCAGCAAAUGUAAUGCACAACGAACUGCCAAAAAUUCACAUCAAAGUGUUCACUGGUGACUACAAGGAGUGGCCAGCCUUUAAAAACAUCUUCGAGAGUACGAUCCAUAGCAAGCAGCAUUUGACAGCAAUUCAAAAGUUCCACUACUUAAAAACGUAUAUUACGGGAGAAGCAUCUGAUUUGAUUCGUCAUAUGCCAAUAACGGAUGCUGCGUACGAGGCUGCUUGGAGUUGCCUAAUUGAUCGAUACAACAGACCACGUCACAUUGUCAACACUCUGCUGGAAACGUUUGUGAAUCUCCCUUCGACAUCCAAGGCAGACGUUACAGUUCUGCGCAAGGUGACCGACGGAGCCACGGAGAUUGUACGAGGAUUGGAUGCAGCAGGGCAAACUAACAGGGACUGCUGGAUCAUACACUUCAUUCUGGCCAAGAUCGACGCUGAAACUCGACGCAAAUGGAUUGAGGGAAGCCGGGAACUUGAAUCUCCGUCUGUGAAUGAUUUACUCAAGUUUUUAGACCGACGCUGCGAGGAAUUCGAGCUCAGCAAAAGUGACUCGGACAUCGACUUCAAGGGUGGCCCACAACCAAGCAAAGCAAAGCGUUCGUCACACGCUUUAGUAUCGAUGGAAGAAAAUGCUUGUGCGAAAUGUAACUCCAAGGAGCACAAAAUCUACGGUUGCCCAAAGUUUGCUGAAGCAUCCAUCGAGCAGAGACGCACAUUUGUUAAGGCAAAAUCAUUGUGUUUCAACUGCCUUAAGCAUGGUCAUGUAUCACGCAAGUGUGAAUCCAAAUUUACAUGCAGGUUUUGCCAUAAUCGCCACCACUCUCUCCUACAUGUAGAUAUUUCUGGAUCGCAAGCCGCUGUGACCACGACACAGCCACACACUGAUGAAAAGCACAUCUCAAGCGCUCCCGAAGAGGCUGCGGGGACCAUCAGCCAUAUUGCUCGUGCGCAAGUGGCUCCCACAGUUGAGUCCUUGUGCAACGGAUCAACAACGGCUACACGGCCCCAAGGGCUAAGGAAAAGUGCAUUGCCAACAGCUCUGGUGUUUGUUAAAAACGCACAAGGAUCGCACACUACAUGUCGGGUACUUUUGGACAGUGGUUCGGAACUGUCGUACAUCUCAGAGAGGUGCGUACAGGCACUUGGUCUGUCACGCUCGCCCUCACGCAUUUUGGUGUCUGGAAUUUCAUCGAUCAAGGCAGAGACAACUAGAGGCUGCAGCACACUGGACAUGCAGUCAAGGAUCUCCGAUCAUACAAUGAAGGUACGUGCACACGUACUCAGCAAAAUUACCUCCACGUUAGCAAGACACGAUAUCGACGCCUCAGCACUCAAGGUAUUCGCUGGCUUUGAGCUUGCGGAUUCUAACUAUCAAUCGUUGGCGCCAGUCGAUAUUCUCUUGGGCAGUGAUUACGUUUGGACCGUGUUCACCGGUCAAAAGAUGUUCGACGUUCAGGGCAACAUCAUCGCCAUUUCGACCAUUUUUGGAUGGGUCAUAACAUCUAUCAUCACUACCGGCUAUUCAUCCACAACAACAAUGCACACGGCUAUUGACAUUGACUCAACUCUUCGGCGCUUUUGGGAGCUGGAGGAUGUCAACCAGGAAUUCCAUGGAAAACCAGAGGACGACGAAGUUGAACAGCACUUUGUGAAAACACAUUCUCGGGACUCAAAGGGGCGUUACAUCGUCGAACUUCCUUUCAAAAACUCCAACGAACAGUUUUCGGAUACAUUACAAGGAGCACUUGCAAGAUUCAGGGGUGUAGAACGCCGCCUAAAGAAGGACCCCGAUCUGCACUCACAGUACGUACAAUUUAUGCGUGAGUACCUACAGUUAGGUCACAUGCGGGAAUUAUCACCAGGAGACAUUGACAAAGGGCCAAAUUUUUACUUGCCUCAUCAUCCGGUAAUUACCCAAAAGCUAAGGGUAGUAUUUGACGGCUCAUUCAAGGAUACGUAUGGAAAAUCCUUAAACGAUGCUCUACACAUUGGACCCAGCAUUCUUCGAAACCUCUUCUUGAUUUGUAUGCGUUUCAGAAUGUACAAGUUCGUCUUUUCAGCAGAUAUUGUCAAAAUGUAUCGACAAAUCUUUGUGGCUGCCAACCAUUGUUGCUAUCAGCGUAUUGUUUGGAGAGAAGACGAAAGCACACCUAUCAAGCACUAUGAGCUUUCCACGGUAACAUACGGCACGUCUAGUGCACCAUUCUUGGCAGUGAGAGUCCUGGAUCAGUUAGCUCACGACCACCAACACGAGUUUCCCACAGCUGCAAGGAUCUUGAAGGAGCAAUUUUAUGUGGACGACGUACUGACAGGAGCACACACAGAAGAAGAGCUAAUUCGCAAUCAAAAAGAGCUGAUCCAAUUAAUGAAAUGUGCAGGCAUGGAACUUGGCAAAUGGGUUUCCAAUUCAUCACGUAUCACUGACCGAGCUACUUCUACAACCGAGGUACAAGACAAAGGAUCCAAUCCUACAGCAAAGGUUCUUGGCAUUCAUUGGAAUCCAGAAGAGGAUACGUUAUCCUACAAAGUUUGCCUUACACCAAACCCGGACAACACCAAACGCCAAGUGCUUUCUGACGUGGCACGCAUCUUUGACCCGCUGGGUAUUCUGUCGCCAGUGGUGGUGCAGCUUAAAAUUUUGUUUCAAGAAUUGUGGUUACUGGAUCUCGGCUGGGACACGGAGCUUCCUCCAAAAAUUACUGACUGGUGGAACAAAUGCCGUAACGACUUAUACAUACUUCAAGAACUACGCCUGCCACGAUUUGUAGAAAACAAUGGGGAUCACAUCGAACUGCAUGGAUUCUCAGAUGCCUCCAUUAAGGCAUAUUCCGCAGUCAUCUACAGCAGAGUGGUACGAGCAGAUGGCACCGUAUCUGUUUCACUCAUAGCGGGAAAAACCAGAGUAGCUCCGCUGAAGCAGCAAUCCUUACCGCGUCUCGAGCUCUGUGGCGCUUUGCUACUCAGCAGACUAAUAUUAUCAGUCAAGGAUUCUCUGCAACACAAGAACAUCAAAAUACACGCAUGGUGUGAUUCAACCAUAGUUUUGGCUUGGCUUUCACAUCCACCAUCGAAGCUCAAAACAUUUGUAGCAAACAGGUCUUCAGAAAUACUCGACGCGUUGCCGCGCAGUUCAUGGCAUCAUGUAAACACAAAGGAGAAUCCGGCGGACUGCGCCACACGAGGAAUGCUUGCUGCAGACCUUCUCCAUUUCGACUUAUGGUGGAUGGGACCUUCAUGGCUGCAAGAUCCAGAAAAGCUUUCGGUAAAGUUGAGCUGUACAAAGUUCCGUUCUUCCCUUUCAGAUAAUCCUGGCAAGGAAGAAGUCAAGUCCACCGCAUUAACCACUCAGCAAGGCGGCUCAUUUUCACCAAUCGAAGCGUUGACUCAGCGGGUCUCGUCCUGGACAAAACUGGUUCACGUUGUAGCUUACGCAUUACGCUUCAUCCAAAGGACCAGGGCCAUUAAAACUGUAGCGCUGACAAAUGGGGCAAGACUCACCUAUGAAGAGAUUCAGGCUGCUCGCAUUCUUUGCCUGCAAGAGGCUCAGAAAUGCUUCAUGGAGGAUCGUAAUCUUCUGGCGGAAAAUAAACAACUUCGCAGCCGCUCCCAGUUGAUCAAGCUCUCACCGUUUGCCGGCAAGGAUGGCCUCCUUCGAGUUGGUGGACGCUUGGGCAACUCACAAUUACCAGCUGACGUCAAACAUCCUAUAUUGCUUCCGAAAUCGCACCGCAUCACAAGGAUGAUUUUGGAACACGAACACAUUGCAAAUCUACAUCCAGGAGUGUCUGCUUUGUUUGUAAUUACGCGUCAAAAAUAUUGGAUUUUCGGCGCGCGUAACCUAAUAAGGAACCUGGUACACAACUGCAUAAAGUGCUUUCGCCAACGCAAUAUCACCGAGCACCAAUUCAUGGCCGAUCUACCAGGGAUUCGUAUAACGGAGGCUCUACCCUUCCAGCACUCAGGCUGCGAUUACGCUGGACCAUUCAUCCUCAAGGAAAGGAGAGGGCGCAAUCCCCGAAAAACUAAGGGCUACAUAUGUCUCUUCGUCUGCCUUGUAACAUCCGCCAUACAUUUGGAACUGGCCACCGAUCUUAGCACAGACACAUUCCUGGCAUGUCUUCGGCGUUUCAUGUCCCUUCGAGGAAAAUGUUCGCAAAUCUUCAGCGACAACGGCACGAAUUUUGUUGGUGCCAAACGGGCUCUAGAUGAGAUGCAGCAACACCUAUCUUCGCAGGAGCAUCAACACACCGUAACUCAAUCGUUGGCUAAUGAUGGAAUUAAGUGGAGUUUCAUACCUCCCCAUUCGCCACAUUGGGGAGGGAAGUGGGAGUCAUCAGUACGUUCAGUUAAAUUACAUCUGAGACGCGUUGUGGGAAAAGCCGUUCUAACCUUUGAACAGAUGCAAACUCUGAUUGUUCAGAUCAGUGCAGUGGUAAACUCAAGACCGUUAUGCUACACACCUGACACUGACCUCACCUACUUGUCUCCGGCCCACUUUUUAAUUGGCCGCCCAUUCACAACAGUUCCAGAGGGUGAUCUAACUCAUUUGCCGAUCAAUCGCUUAGACUACUGGCAGCAUUUACAAUCAAUGUACCAGGGCUUUUGGAAGCGCUGGCACCAGGAAUAUUUAACAUCGCUGCAGCAACGUCAAAAGUGGAACAACAAGGAACAUAACAUCGCAGUCGGCAAUGUAGUCCUGGUAAAGGACUCAAAUCUCCCACCCGCAGCUUGGAUUCUCGCCCGUGUAUUGGAGGCUCAUCAUGGACCAGAUGGACUUGUACGCGCUGUGAAACUUAAGACGUCUACCGGAGAGAUGACGCGACCCAUCACCAAGCUAGCUUUGCUGCCUAAUUCAGAAACCAUGUUUCAGGGUGGCCCGGGAUGUUGA